AACACAAACACGCUCUGCGUCCCCGGGGAGGGCGGACCCAUGCCACCUCACCAUUCCCCGCCCCUGGACCCCGCGGCCCACUUUGCACGGAGGGCCCGUGCCCAGUGUGAAGCAACUCAGCCCCAGGGGAGCUGGAGCGGCAUGCAGAGGCCCCACUCGCUAUAACGGCCACGGAGAAGCUACGAGGCUCCCGGUGACUCAGUGCGAGGCAUGGUGGAGGCUGUGGAGAAAAAGGUGAUAGAGUGAAGUGCCUCUCCGCACAGACUCGCGAACGCGCGGGAAGCGGUCUACCCAGCCCUAACCCUGUCCCGUAAGCAGUCGCCGCUCCCACCUUCCGCUGCCGCCUUGAGAAAACCCGGAACGACGGGGGUCACGGCGGGGGUCAUAGGGUAAAGGUCUUGCUCCCAGCAGCCUCCGCGGUGGAUACGUCGCCAUCUUGGAUCCGCGGAACAAGAAAAUUCAUGCGAGGGAGAACUGGUGGGCGGUCCUUCCUGUGACACGACCCUUGAGUGACAGUUCUGUUUGAUUGCCUCCAGUACUGUGAGGAAAGGACACGACUCUAUGGUGAGGACUGAUGGACAUACAUUAUCUGAGAAAAGAAACUACCAGGUGACAAACAGCAUGUUUGGUGCUUCAAGAAAGAAGUUCGUAGAGGGGGUCGACAGUGACUACCAUGACGAAAAUAUGUACUACAGCCAGUCUUCUAUGUUUCCACAUCGGUCAGAAAAAGAUAUGCUGGCAUCACCAUCUACAUCAGGUCAGCUGUCUCAGUUUGGGGCAAGUUUAUACGGGCAACAAAGUGCACUAGGCCUUCCAAUGAGGGGGAUGAGCAACAAUACCCCUCAGUUAAAUCGCAGCUUAUCACAAGGCACUCAGUUACCGAGCCACGUCACGCCAACAACAGGGGUACCAACAAUGUCACUUCACACGCCUCCAUCUCCAAGCAGGGGUAUUUUGCCUAUGAAUCCUAGGAAUAUGAUGAACCACUCCCAGGUUGGUCAGGGCAUUGGAAUUCCUAGCAGGACAAAUAGCAUGAGCAGUUCAGGGUUAGGUAGCCCCAACAGAAGCUCGCCAAGCAUAAUAUGUAUGCCAAAGCAGCAGCCUUCUCGACAGCCUUUUACUGUGAACAGUAUGUCUGGAUUUGGAAUGAACAGGAAUCAGGCAUUUGGAAUGAAUAACUCCUUAUCAAGUAACAUUUUUAAUGGAACAGAUGGAAGCGAAAAUGUGACAGGAUUGGACCUUUCAGAUUUUCCAGCAUUAGCAGAUCGAAACAGAAGGGAAGGAAGUGGUAACCCAACUCCAUUAAUAAACCCCUUGGCUGGAAGAGCUCCUUAUGUUGGAAUGGUAACAAAACCAGCAAAUGAGCAAUCCCAGGACUUUUCAAUACACAACGAAGAUUUUCCAGCAUUACCCGGUUCCAGCUAUAAAGAUCCAACAUCAAGUAAUGAUGACAGUAAAUCUAAUUUGAAUACAUCUGGCAAGACAACUUCAAGUACAGAUGGACCCAAAUUCCCUGGAGAUAAAAGUUCAACAACACAGAAUAAUAACCAGCAGAAAAAAGGGAUCCAGGUGUUACCUGAUGGUCGGGUUACAAACAUUCCUCAAGGGAUGGUGACGGACCAAUUUGGAAUGAUUGGCCUGUUAACAUUUAUCAGGGCAGCAGAGACAGACCCAGGAAUGGUACAUCUUGCAUUAGGAAGUGACUUAACAACAUUAGGCCUCAAUCUGAACUCUCCUGAAAAUCUCUACCCCAAAUUUGCAUCACCCUGGGCAUCUUCACCUUGUCGACCUCAAGACAUAGACUUCCAUGUUCCAUCUGAGUACUUAACGAACAUUCACAUUAGGGAUAAGCUGGCUGCAAUAAAACUUGGCCGAUAUGGAGAAGACCUUCUCUUCUAUCUUUAUUACAUGAAUGGAGGAGACGUAUUACAACUUUUAGCUGCAGUAGAGCUUUUUAACCGUGAUUGGAGAUACCACAAAGAAGAACGAGUAUGGAUUACCAGGGCACCAGGCAUGGAGCCAACAAUGAAAACCAAUACAUAUGAGAGGGGAACAUAUUACUUCUUUGACUGUCUUAACUGGAGGAAAGUAGCUAAGGAGUUCCAUCUGGAAUAUGACAAAUUAGAAGAACGGCCUCACCUGCCAUCCACCUUCAACUACAACCCUGCUCAGCAAGCCUUCUAAAAAAAGACUUCCCUUUUCUUGGGGUAUGGCUGUCUCAGCACAAUACUCAACAUAACUGCAGAACUGAUGUGGCUCAGGCACCCUGGUUUUAAUUCCUUGAGGAUAUGGCAAUUGGCUUACGCAAAGGGUCACCAUUUGAGGUCCUGCCUUACUAAUUAUGUGCUGCCCAACAACUAAAUUUGUAAUUUGUUUUUCUCUAGUUCGAGCAGGGUCUGAAUUUUUUCAUUUAUUUUCUUUUUUGCCAGCAGACAGACUUGGGUCUAUAAAGACAAGCAAGUACACUGACAGAAGUUUACCAUUGAGUUUCUAAAAUGUAAAAAAGAAAACCCACAAAGACUCAACAAAAUUAGACCACAAAAUUUGCAUUGUUCAUUGUAGCACUAUUGGUAAUAAAAUAACAAAUGUUUGUGCAUUUUUAUGUGAAGAUCCUUCUCGUAUUUCAUUUGGAAAGAUGAGCAAGGUCUGCUUCCUUCAUUUUACUUCCCCUUCUGUUUUUGAAAGGCAGUUUCGCCAAGCUUAACGCAAGAAUAUCUGACUGUUCAGAAGAAAGAUAUUGCCACAAUCUCUGGAUGUUUCCAGGGUUGUGUUAUUACUGAGCUUCAUCUUUCCAGAAUGAGCAAAACACUGUCCAGUCUUUGUUACAAUUUUGUAAUAAAUGUGUACAUUUUUUUUUAAAUUUUUGGACAUCACAUGAAUAAAGGUAUGUAUGUACGAAUGUGUAUAUAUUAUAUAUAUGACAUCUAUUUUGGAAAAUGUUUGCCCUGCUGUACCUCAUUUUUAGGAGGUGUGCAUGGAUGCAAUAUAUGAAAAUGGGACAUUCUGGAACUGCUGGUCAGGGGACUUUGUCGCCCUGUGCACUAAAGGGCCAGAUUUUCAGCAGCCAAGGACAUCCAUACCCAAGUGAAUGUGAUGGGACUUAAAGAAGUGAACUAAGACAAUUCACUCUGGCUGUUUGAACAGCAGCGUUUCAUAGGAAGAGAAAAAAAAAAAAGAUCAAUCUUGUAUUUUCUGACCACAUAAAGGCUUCUUCUCUUUGUAAUAAAGUAGAAAAGCUCUCCUCA